UUCUCAUGAGAACUGCUUUUUCUUCAAUAUUGAAUAUUCAAAAAUCAUGAAUACUGUUUUAUUCUUAUAUUUUUUACUAAAUUGUGUACAAUGUAUUUAUCCGUACGUGUUCUCAUCGGUGGAAAAAUGCUCUUACGCAGAUUUUAAAUGCUUAAAAAGAUCCUUUCAAAAGGCUUUACCAUUGUUUACCGAAGGGAUCCCCGAACUGGGAAUUGAGAGAAUGGACGAGUUAGUCGUUCAUGAUAAAACAUACAAAUUGGGUGGGUUGGAUUUAACCUUGAAAGAUGCACGAUUAAAGGGUCUCAAAACAACAGUCUUCGAUCACGUGAGUAUUGAUACCAACAAAAAAAUACUCUUUACUAGCUACCACAUAGAAAAGUGUUCAAUGAAGGGAAAAUAUGAAGGAGUUGGAAAUAUCAAGGCCCUGCCUUUAAGAGGCUCUGGAGAAAUUUUCCUUAAGUUUCGUAAUGUUGCCUUAUCUGUUAAUAGCACAUAUGUAAUGGAAACUAGAAAUAAUAAAGAAUAUUUAGUCCCAAAGAGUUACAUGUUCGACUACGAGGUGAAAGAUUCGGCUCAUUUCAAUAUGACUAAUUUAUUCUCAGGAAAUGAAAAAUUAAGUAACGCGGUAUUGACAUUUCUGAAUGAAAACUGGCGAGAUGUCUCAAAGGAUUUUGGAAAACCUAUUAUUGAAGGACAAAUCAGACAAAUAUUUAAAAAUAUCGUACAAUAUUUAUCAAAUUCACCUGUUACCGAGAUAUUUUUACUUUAA